AUGAGCUCGCCUCCCGCCGCCACGACAUCGCCCAAGCGCCGGCAAGGCGUUCCCCACCUUCUCGAGUCCUUCCCGGCACCGCCCACAUUCAUACCAGCAACGCCUGCAACGCCGGGGUCUCUGCAGCUGCCCCAACGCUCAACCUCGCCAUUCGGGGGCACGACACCAACGACACCUCUUUCAGCAUACCACACCCCACCCACUUCCUUCAUCUCCACGCUGAGCGGGAAUGCAUAUCCGACGACGACUAGCCCUCCCCGACACAUACCGUCGCCUCGUACUCAGCCGGCCUCGCUACCAUCUGCGUCGGCGAAUCCACCACCCUCUCUACCCCCCUCACAGCCUCUACCACCCGUUCCCCAGAAUGACACGCCCAGUCUUCUUUUGUCAAGCGCGCGCAGGAGCACCUCUGACAACGCUAGCGUACGGAGCGCCAGCCUGCGGAGUUUGGGGAGGGAGAGCAUAAGGUCGGGCAGGUCAUCCGAGCACGGGCACCGGUCUGGCAGGCAAGACCAGCAUGAUGGCCGUUCCCCGCGCCCCUCCGUAGACUCGGCAGGCAGACCGCGCCCAUCACUCGAUUCAUCGGCACCCCCGCGCCCAUCACUGUCCUCGGUCCACUCGAACUCCCCCGCUAUCUUCCCGUCACCACCGCUAAACAGAAUCAGCGAAGUCUAUCACAACCCUGCCAACGAUAAUGAGGACGUCCUCAGCGCGUCAUUCACUAGACGCGCUAGCCCAGAUGCUUCGUUCACGUCUGCUUCAUCUACGCUACAAGCUUCGACAUCUACUCCUCCGACAUCUAGUCUACCCUCGCCGAAUUCGUCUGCAUGCCCGUCUCCGCUGCCCAAGGAGAUGCUUCAGGACCCUGCCGCCUUCCACCGCGAGCUCCGCAGCGCAAGAUCUCGCAGUCGCGGUCACAAGGAGGUCCUUCGGUCGCGCGUCACCUCUAUGGACAUCCCCCCUAGUCCAAUCCGACCUAUCCUGCCACGUUCUGUCUCUGACGGGACCAUGUCGUUAGCAGACAGUAACGCGGGUACGCCGAGAGGCAGGACGCUAGGGAAGCCGAAGAAGGUGGCGGCCGCUGCGGCUACCUCUGACGCGGAUGGAAGGGACUCGCCGGAUAUCAAUGAGAUCAUCGAGCGCACACCGAGGCCGGCACGAUCGUCGAAGAGCUUGGCGCGUUCCGCGUCGUCCUCGUCGAAGAGCCUGGCAAGAAGCGCGUCGUCGAAGAGUCUCGGGACCUCGACACGGCGAAGUAGUGCGCGGCUCUCCAAGGAGAGCAGCACAUCGAAUGUCAGCGCGGACCCAUCCAGGCGACGCCCCUACGCCAAAUCCUUCGGCGCUGACACCCCGCACGCAAGAGGCAAGCGCACGAAGGACGCGAUACCCCCACCUCCCUCUAGCUUCACACAUCCCGUCAAACAGGAGCGGGCCCUGUCCCGAGGGGCAUCCGAGCAGAGUCGGGACAGCACCAUCUCGGCGUUCUCUCUAACCGCCUACGGUGUCAACGACGCGCCUUAUAAGCGCGACAGCGCGUACUCGAACGAUCCAUACUCGAGUGGUCGGGAGGGCAAGUCGCCCGCUGAUCGAUCGCCAGCGUCGAGUUCCGCGCACGAGCUGCCGACUGCGAGACCGAGGCGCGGCGCGAGUCCGUUUGAGUCGCUGAGGCGGUCGAUACACUCGAUGCAGAGCGAGUCGGACAACCCGUAUGGUGGGAUCCACCCCGACGACGAGAAGCUGUUCGCGGAGAUGGAGCAGAUGCUCGAGGGGCAGGUCAGCGACACGGAGGAGGGCCCCAGCAUGAGCAGAGGCAAGGCGCCCGACGCGUUUGCCGUCGAGGUCGUGCGGAGCGACGAUGAGGGGGAGGAGCCCUUCGACGACGAGGUCGUCGAGUCGGACGAGGACAGCGACAGCUCGAUCGACCUGCGAACACCACUCUCGAAAUUGAUGCUUCGCGACGGUGUGCUGUCGCCGAAUUCGAAGGUGCUUCAACAGCAGGAGGAGGACCUGUUGGGCACGCCUGGCCGGGGCAGUGUUAUGAGCUUCACGAGUGCGAUCUCGACGUCGUCUAUACUGAAGGACACGCGGGAUACUCCGUCGCGCCGCGUUCGUCAUCGCGACGGGAAGCUGUUGCGAGGCGGCCUUGGGCUGACGACGGGGCUUGGUUGGAGUGAUAGUGAGGAUGAGGAUGCGCCUUCGCCGUUCACCAAGCGCGUUUCUUCUCUGGCGCUUAGCAGGUCCAAGUCGGUGUCUAACUUGCGCUCGACGUCGACGUUGAGCCUCGGUGCCAUUGAGGAGGAUGUGCCGUCCGCAAGGGAGAUCAUGUCGCGCAGCACCAGCAAGACGUCCUCCCUGCGGAGUAUGCCGAGCAUGCCGUUGUCGAAGUCGCUGAACUCGCUCUCGCGGAUGUCCUCGCGGUCAAGCGGGUACAGUGUACGGCCCAGCCAUGGACACGCGCAUGGUGGUAGCACCCUCUUCGAGGACGACGAGGAUGAUGUGGAUGGCGCGGACGAGUUUGGCCGGUCGAAGAGCUGGAAGACGAGGAGUCAGCCGACGACAAGAAGCCAGCCGCGCGAGUUGUAUGCCAUGCAGCCUAGUGAGGGUACGCCGUCGAGCGACUCGACUGCGAGCAUCUCGCUCCCCGACACGCCGGCCGACUACGAGGCGACGCCGACGUACACGGGACACUCGUACAAUCGGAACAAGGAGUUGCCAAGGCUGCCGAGCAUGGGGAGUCUCCGGAGGCAGGGGAGCACGGCCAGUGUCCGGCGCACGGUCUCGCAGAAGAGCGUGAAGAAGACGACGUCGAUGGCGAGCAUUCGUGAUCGGAGUGUGUCGGAGACGAAGUCGCGCAUGCCGGAGUCCCAAUCCUACUCGCGAGUGCCGGAGCCCCAAACCAGGUCACGCAUGCCAGAGCCCAAGACGCGAACGCGGACGCCAGAGCCCAAGUCGCGGAUACCAGAAUCGAAGUCCCGAUCGUCGACGCCGGAUUCCAGAUUGCGAAGGCCGAGCUUUGGCAGCAGCUCAAUACCAGCGCCCCCGUCAACCUCCAAGGCGCCGCCACUCCCGACUCACCGCCCAAUCGAGAUGACGCGCAGUCCCCGGCCGCUGCAGCUGCCGACGCGGCUCACCUCCGACCGCCCCGCAGUCCCAGUCCCGCGAGUCGCUCAUUCGUCGCUCGAGGCGCCCGCCCAAUCGUACAGCGGGCUGCCGAGCCCCUCGGCGCGCAUUUCCCCGCAUAGUGGGCUGCCGUCGCCGGCGUCGUCGAGCGGGCUUCCGUCGCCUCAUCCGAUGGGGUCGCCGCCGUCGCCUAACCCGCUGGGUCCGGAUGGGAAGCCGAGGCCGCGCACGGGGACUGGGAUGGUGUACAGGAGCUCCCGAGGAGGAGGCGCCUUGAGGACACCAUCGCAGAUGCACAAGCGGAGUGCGCCGCCGCUGUAG